UCCACAAUGGUACAGGCAGCAUCACGCUGCACAAUGGUUUCCAGGCAGUGAAAGAGGGUGAUUCAGCAAGCCACUCUUCUUCUUUUUAAAAACCUCCCCUUCUCUUUUUAUUUUUAUGGGGGUGGGUGGCGCUCAUUAUAUGCUUAUUAUCUUUUUCUUUUCUUUUUUCAUUUUUACAAUUUUCCUUUUUUCUUCUUACCCCUCAAUUCCUAGGGGCUUGCGUGACUUUUAGAUUGGGUUUUCUUGGAAUUCACCUGUCCAUCAUUAAUUUUAAACAAUUUUCCCACCUCGAAAGAAUCUGUUCCUUAUUACAAUUUGGAAUGUGGUUAAUGAAAAACAAGUAGGGAGAAUUUCUGGGGCAAACACUGCUGGAUCAGGAUCGUAGUUCUCAAGCACGGAAUGGCUAACAUGAGAAACACCAAUGGCAGCAUCCUCUCAGAUCUUUGUUAUGGCAACUCAUGCAAGAAGCUGUUGAAUUAGACCCAUUUCCUAUAGAUGAGAAACCAUAUAAGCAGUGGUGGCUGCAAGCAGCAUCGACGGUAACAUGUAUCCUUCUCCUGGACUACACCUUCUUUUGUACGAUGAAGUAAACAUUCUCUCCUAAUCAGGUAUUUAUGAGCCUCCAUUUAUUGUACUACUGCAGUGAACCAACCUUGGAUGUGAAAAUUGCCUUUUGUCAGGGAUUCGAUAAACAAGUGGAUGUGUCAUAUAUUGCCAAACAUUACAACAUGAGUAAAAGCAAAGUUGACAACCAAUUCUACAGUGUGGAAGUGGGAGACUCAACCUUCACAGUUCUCAAGCGCUACCAGAAUCUAAAGCCUAUUGGCUCUGGGGCUCAGGGAAUAGUUUGUGCUGCGUAUGAUGCUGUCCUUGACAGAAAUGUGGCCAUUAAGAAGCUCAGCAGACCCUUUCAGAACCAAACGCAUGCCAAGAGAGCUUACCGGGAACUAGUCCUCAUGAAGUGUGUGAACCAUAAAAACAUUAUUAGUUUAUUAAAUGUCUUUACACCCCAGAAAACGCUGGAGGAGUUCCAAGAUGUUUACUUAGUAAUGGAACUGAUGGAUGCCAACUUGUGUCAGGUGAUUCAGAUGGAAUUAGACCAUGAGCGAAUGUCUUACCUCCUAUACCAAAUGUUGUGUGGCAUCAAGCACCUCCACUCUGCUGGAAUUAUUCACAGGGAUUUAAAACCAAGUAACAUUGUAGUCAAGUCUGAUUGUACAUUGAAAAUCCUCGACUUCGGACUGGCCAGGACGGCAGGCACAAGCUUCAUGAUGACUCCUUAUGUGGUGACACGUUAUUACAGAGCCCCCGAGGUCAUCUUGGGAAUGGGCUACAAGGAGAACGUGGAUAUAUGGUCUGUGGGAUGCAUUAUGGGAGAAAUGGUUCGCCACAAAAUCCUCUUUCCAGGAAGGGACUAUAUUGACCAAUGGAACAAGGUAAUUGAGCAACUAGGAACACCGUGUCCGGAAUUCAUGAAGAAAUUGCAACCCACAGUAAGAAACUAUGUGGAGAAUCGGCCCAAGUAUGCCGGACUCACCUUCCCCAAGCUCUUUCCAGAUUCCCUCUUCCCAGCGGAUUCCGAGCACAAUAAACUCAAAGCCAGCCAAGCCAGGGACUUGUUGUCAAAGAUGCUAGUCAUUGACCCAGCCAAAAGGAUAUCAGUGGAUGACGCUUUACAGCACCCAUAUAUCAAUGUCUGGUAUGACCCUGCCGAAGUGGAGGCGCCUCCACCUCAGAUAUAUGACAAACAGUUGGAUGAAAGAGAACACACCAUUGAAGAAUGGAAAGAACUUAUCUACAAGGAAGUAAUGAAUUCGGAAGAAAAGACUAAAAAUGGUGUCGUAAAAGGACAACCUUCUCCUUCAGGUGCAGCAGUGAACAGCAGUGAGAGUCUCCCUCCUUCCUCGUCCGUCAAUGACAUCUCCUCCAUGUCCACUGACCAGACCCUGGCAUCUGACACUGACAGCAGCCUGGAAGCCUCGGCGGGACCCCUGGGUUGUUGCAGGUGACUAGCCGCCUGCCUGCGAAACCCAGCGUUCUUCAGGAGAUGAUGCGAUGGGACACACACACACGCACGCACGCACGCACGCACGCACGCAGACACUCAUGCACACACACAAACGCAGACACGCAAUGACAAGAAAACAGCAAGGGAGAAAAUCCAAGCCUAAAAUUGAAACAAAUCUUUCAGCCUGCUUCUCCAGAGUUCUGUAUUGCAGCUAAGCCAAAUGUAUAUUUAACUUCUAGUUGCUCUUGCUUUGGUCUUCUUCCAAUGAUGCUUCUUACUACAGAAAGCAAAUCAAACACAAUUAGAAAAGCCUUUUCCAUAAAGCGUAAUUUUAAUGGCUGCAAAACCAGCGACCUGUAAUUGCCCUUUCGAAUGGCAUGACAAGGUGUGCAGUGGCCCCAACCAGCAUGUGUGUGUCUCUAUCUUGCAUCUACCUGCUCCUUUUGGCCUAGUCAGAUGGAUGUAGAUACAGAUCCGCAUGUGUCUGUAUUCAUACAGCACUACUUACUUAGAGAUGCUACUGUCAGUGUCCUCAGGGCUCUACCAAGACAUCAUGCACUGGGGUACCACAUGGUCCAUUUCAUGUGAUCUAUUACUCUGACAUAAACCCAUCUGUAAUAUAUUGCCAGUAUAUAAGCUGUUUAGUUUGUUAAUUGAUUAAGCUAUAUGUCUUAUAAGAAAACAUGUAAAGGGGAAAAAUAUGGGGGGAGUGAGCUCUCUCAGACCCUUGAAGAUGUAGUUUCCAAAUUUGAACUGAUUAAAUGGCACCUGUAUACCAAUUUGUAGAAAGAACAUAUGUGAUGCUUAUGUCUAGUGUGGGGAUGGGAGGGAUAACAGUUUCUAGGCACUAAAUGGUUUGGUCUUUAGAAGGAAGGUGGAAAUAAAAGCUGAAGGUCUUUUCGCUGACAUUGAGUGGGUAGGAUUGACUAGAAAGUAGUUUUGCAGUGUAGAAGACCUAAAGGAGAUUAUUGCCCAGAUACUAGGAGACACCGGCAUCCAUAUUUUAGAGAGUAGACCCCAUUGUCACUGUAAAAUUAUGUGUCACAACUGGAUUGAGAGUGGCAGGUGGUGAGGCAGGGGUAUUGUGUACAUAUCUGAUCGUAAGAAUUGCUCCCUGGAACAGAGCAGGAUGCCUCCGUGUCAUACCCUUAACAGAAAAUGAUAGACUACUUAGACUAUCCUCAUUUUGUGGGUUGCAUUUUCCAUGAGUGUGUUACUUCUCAGGUUCAUACUCUGCCAAGGUUUUAUUUUGAGAAGAAAUAUUGCUUUCCUCUUAUGAAAUUAAAAAAAUAAUAAUAAUUACUUAAAAAAAACCCAAAGCACAGGGUGAUCCUCAGGUUAGCAUUUGCAAACAUUUCCACAGAUAUUAUUAUUUAUCAGGAGUUUCCUUGACUCUUUAAUAUGACUGAUGUUUCAUGUUUAUUUAUUUUCAUAAAUUCAAACCAUCCAAGAAGGGCUGAUAUUUCGUUUUGUGCUACAGUCAAUGUGACAGCAAUAACUCUGCCCAUAGGUUACUGCUGCUAAACAGCUAUAGCAAUAUGAGUUUGUCUCAAAAGCCAUGAAGCAUUUAUGUUAUUGUUUAGCAAAAUCACCUGAAUUUAGCUCACAUUAAAUGAAAGUGCUUUCCUGGGCACUCAAGGAGGCACUGUGAAACAUCUUGGUUAUAUACAAGGCAAAACCAGGGUGACUUCUCAGCAAUAAUAGGGACCAUGUUGAACUUCCCUUUUUAUUCACUUUGGUGAAUUAUCCAUCACAGCUCUUUGCACUCUGACCAUUUCGGUGCUCACCUGUGUGGUGAUGUUUCACCUGAAGGAAAAGUAAAAGGCAUGAAAUGGAUGGAUGAUGAGUGUGAUACGACUGGCAAAUGGAAUCUUUUCAAAAAUAGAGCAAAUGAUAAUGCCAGUGCUCUGAAAACUGCCUUAAUAUAACAAUAGGGAAGCUUUGUCUCUUUUCAAGCAAUAGAGUCAACCCCCACCAUCACCUUGCAGGCAAUGCUGCCAUUUAUGAGGUUGCUUCACACAAUAGGAUUCAUGACAAGAGGUCAUUUGUUUAAAAUGGUGAAAAAAAAAAAAAUUAGACUGUGCAGCUUGUUCCUGGAAUAAAAGUGGCCCAGUUUCUCUAUCUUUCUGCCAUUGUUUUUAGUUAAUAUUGCAGACAACCAGAUUUUUUAAAAAUGCCCCCACAUUCACUUGAGCUCUCUCAUUUUACUUUCUGUCACACUCCCCUCUUCACACCCUUAAAAAAAAACAAAACAAAACAAAACAAAAAAAACCCUUCUCUGAUCCCUUAUUAUUUACUUAGCUCCUUUCUCUGUGUUCUUCUCUUGCUUCACCUGUGGCCUCUCUGCUCCUGGCUUUCUAGCACUUGCAAUUAAGUGCAGAGAGCAGGCAGCUCUUUGAAAGAAAGCGAGUCACAAAGGGAAUUUCAUCAGCCACAAAAUGACAUCAAAAGACAGAAGGAGAUCUUCAGCCAGCGUUUUAGAAAUGCUUGACAGUUAGAUGAUCUGUCAUUUGUGCAGAAGUGCUGUUUUUUUGUUUUGUUUUUGUUUUGUUUUUGUUUUUGAUUUGUUUUUGUUUUUUCCCCACUCAGAUUAAACCAGGCGAACUAGACAAUGCCCCUCCCCUGCUAUUACUGCCUUCCCUAAACUUCACUAGUUUAAUCACUCCUAUUGCCUGGCUCUUGGAAGCCGAUUACCUUAAGCCAGAUCUCCCUUAUGGACAAGAAAAAAAAUGGAACAAACCCCUUCGAUUGAAGUAUCAUGUACACAUAGAGCUAAGGGUUUGGCUUCUUGACUGCUUAAAGGAUUAAAUUUACCAGGUUAUCAAAGUGAGAUAGGUGAUGGGGCAAAAAAGAGAAUCAUCUUUUUAAAAGCCCACCAGCCCUUCAUGAUCUUGGCUCCACUUUAUUGUAAUAUUUUCAGGAGAUGACUAUGUUAUUAUCAAAUUUACAGAACAUGUUAUAUUCUGUAUUGAGUCUUUUUUUCCUAAAAAGAAAGCUUCCUAUAUAGUCACCUGUUACUUCCAAAGGACUCUCAUGCUUUUUAGACAGGGAGGUAUCAAAUCACCUGGACUAUAUUUUUGAAAAAAGUAAAUGUCCUGCCUGUGGUUGAAGUUCAUUUUAAAAUGUGAAGUUGGCACUCUGAGAGGCCUAACCUUCUGCCACUUCGUAUAGGGUACUGGUUUUGCCGUGAUUCUUAAUGAAAUGUUCUAGAGUAUUUUAUAAAAGGAAUGGCUGUGUGCCCACAUGCAGGAGGAAUUAAAUUGCUGGGUAAGUUUGGCAAAACAUACCACCAUUUUGAAAUUUUAUGUUUUAUAUUUUGUGGGUCAGUGUUUUGAUUAAAAGAAAAAAAAAGAUACGUUGGCCUUACAAUCUAAUAUCUUCUCGUGGAAUAAAAACCGACGAUAAUCUUGCAUCUUCAA